AUGUCAUCUGACUUCUGGGCUGGAUAUAUCAGCGGGGCUGCCGGUAUACUGAUAGGCAAUCCUCUCGACGUAAUCAAAGUUCGUUUGCAAGCAGGAGGAAGCCCUAACGAAUUGUCUUCGUCCCCAUCCAGCCUGUCGCCAGCGCGCAACGACAAAUUCCAGGUGGCAACAUCAUUUGCUAGAGGUGCCGCAGCACCAAUUCUGGGAUACGGAGCGUUGAAUGCAUUACUUUUCGUGGCUUACAACCGGUCAUUAAAAGUCCUAGAUCCUUCAAUUUCUGACCCAACCAACCUUGAUCAAGUGUCAUUAGCAAAAAUAUGGCUGGCAGGUGCAACGGGUGGCAUGGCUAGUUGGGUUGUCUCGUCUCCCACAGAACUGAUCAAAUGUCGGGCACAACUCAGCCGAGACCGCAACAUCUCAUCGUGGUCAAUUGCUAAAGAAAUAGUGCAGACAAGUGGGCUACGAGGGCUUUACUUUGGUGGAUUGAUUACGAGUUUUCGAGACUCUGUGGGAUUCGGGUUUUAUUUCUGGUCUUACGAGCUGUGCAAGCGUAAUAUACUCUCCUCACAUGAGGGUGCUGGUCAUCAAGAAGCCCUGAAGGUGUUGAUAUGCGGCGGCAUAGCUGGCAUCGCUACUUGGACGUCUAUAUUCCCGCUAGACGUUCUCAAGACGAGGUUGCAGGCUCAACCGUUGCAUACGAUAGCAAUAGAACAAGCGUCAGAAAUACAGCCGCUUGUUCGACAGUCAUCGUCAUCUAGUACACGAUCACCACUCAGCUCGCUGGAGAUUGCACGACAGGCAUAUCGCGCCGAGGGCCUCCAGGUGUUCUUUCGCGGACUAGGAACAUGCAAUAUACGGGCUUUCAUAGUGAAUGCUAUUCAGUGGGCGGUAUAUGAAUGGUUGAUGAAAGAAUUGAGUAAACAUUAG